AUGAGCCCCCUGUUCGCAGUCGGCCACAGGAAGACCCUCGGCCUCGACGACGUCCCGGACCUCGAUCACGGCGACAGCGUGGCGGGCCUGCUCCCCUCGUUCAAGACGAACCUGGAGGCGCUCGCCGGCGACGGCUCUGGCUCUGGCCCGAAGUUCACCGCGUUCAAGCUCACCAGGGCCCUUGUGCGCACCGUGUGGUGGCACAUCGCGGUGACCGCGCUCUACGCGCUCAUCUACAACUUGGCCACCUACGUUGGCCCAUACCUCAUAGACUCCCUGGUGCAGUACCUCAACGGCGACGAGAGGUACGCCGGCAAGGGGAAGCUCCUUGUUGUCACAUUCAUCGUAGCCAAGGUGUUUGAGUGUUUGUCACAACGGCACUGGUUCUUCCGGCUACAGCAAGCCGGGAUACGUACUCGGUCCGCGCUCGUCUCCGUCGUGUACCAGAAAGGGCUCUCUCUGUCCAGCAGCUCGAGACAGAGCUGCACGAGCGGGGAGAUGAUCAACAUCAUCAGCGUGGAUGCCGACCGAGUCGGGCUCUUCUCAUGGUACAUGCACGAUCCCUGGCUGGUACCUCUCCAAGUAGGCCUGGCAUUGUUCAUCUUGUACUCCACCCUCGGGGUAGCCUCGCUUGCAGCGCUCGGUGCCACCAUCGCGGUCAUGCUUGCAAAUGUGCCUCCGAUGAAAAUGCAGGAGAAGUUCCAGCAGAAGCUGAUGGACUGCAAGGAUGUGCGGAUGAAGGUGACAUCUGAGAUCCUGCGUAACAUGAGGAUUCUCAAACUGCAGGGGUGGGAGAUGAAGUUCUUGUCCAAGAUCAAUGACCUCAGGACGACAGAGACAAGCUGGCUCAAGAAGUACCUUUACACAUGGACCGCGGCCACCUUCGUGUUCUGGGGUGCCCCGACCUUCGUCGCUGUGGCAACCUUUGGAGCUUGCAUGCUCUUAGGGAUACCAUUGGAGUCAGGGAAGGUGCUGUCUGCAUUGGCCACGUUCCGGGUGCUUCAAGAACCAAUAUACAACCUUCCUGACACAAUCUCGAUGAUGAUCCAGACCAAGGUGUCUCUUGACAGGAUAGCAUCUUUCCUAUGCCUUGAGGAGUUUCCGACGGAUGCUGUGGAGAGGCUACCAAGUGGUAGCUCCAAUGUUGCAAUUGAGGUCAGCAAUGGGUGCUUCUCCUGGGACGGCUCGCCUGAGCUGCCAACGCUGAAGGACCUGAAUUUUCAAGCUCGGCAAGGCAUGCAUGUUGCAGUCUGUGGGACGGUCGGCUCUGGGAAAUCAAGCUUGCUCUCUUGCAUUCUUGGUGAGGUGCCAAAGCUAUCAGGGGAGGUCAAGACUUGCGGGACAAUGGCGUAUGUCAGCCAGACGGCAUGGAUACAGAGUGGCAAAAUUCAGGACAACAUACUGUUCGGCAAGGAGAUGGACAGUGAGAAGUAUGACAGUGUCCUUGAGUGGUGUUCUCUGAAGAAAGAUUUGGAGAUCUUGCCAUUCGGCGACAAGACAGUCAUUGGAGAGCGAGGCAUUAAUCUUAGUGGCGGGCAGAAGCAAAGGAUUCAGAUAGCCCGAGCUUUGUAUCAGGAUGCCGACAUCUAUUUGUUCGAUGAUCCGUUCAGCGCAGUCGAUGCUCAUACAGGAUCCCACCUUUUUAAGGUAAUGAAAGGCGGGAGAAUAGCACAAGCAGGCAAAUACAACGAUAUACUUGGUUCAGGGGAGGAGCUAAUGGAACUGGUUGGUGCUCACCAGCAUGCUCUCACAGCAUUGGAUGUGAUUGAUGUUGCUAAUGGAAGCAGUGAGAAAUUAUCUUCAAGCCUAUCCAGGUCAUUGUCAUCAGCUGAAGAGAAAGAUAAACAAAAUGGCAAAGAAGACGGUGACAAGGUUCAAAGUGGGCAGCUGGUGCAGGAAGAAGAAAGGGAAAAAGGCAGGGUGGGGUUCUGGGUAUACUGGAAGUACCUCACAUUGGCUUACGGCGGAGCUCUGGUACCAUUCGUGUUGAUAGCACAGCUACUUUUCCAAGUACUUCAGAUUGCUAGCAAUUACUGGAUGGCUUGGGCUUCUCCUGUAUCAGAAGACGCCGAGCCUCCAGUGAGCACGUCGACACUGAUCUACGUUUUUGUGGCAUUGGCUGUUGCAAGUUCCCUGUGCAUCCUCGUAAGGGCAUUGUUUGUUGUCACAGCUGCAUACAAAACAGCAACUCUGUUGUUCAACAAGAUGCACAUGGCCAUAUUCAGAGCUCCUAUGUCUUUCUUCGAUUCCACUCCAAGUGGGCGCAUCUUGAAUAGAGCUUCAACUGAUCAAAGUGAAGUGGAUACAUACAUUGCUAACCAGAUGGGUUAUGUUGCGUUUUCCAUCAUACAACUAGCUGGAAUUAUUGUGGUGAUGUCUCAGGUAGCAUGGCAGGUGUUCGUUGUUUUCGUUCCUGUAAUCAUUAUCUUCUUGUGCUACCAGCGCUAUUACAUUGAGACUGCCAGAGAGCUGCAAAGGCUGGUAGGGGUUUGCAAAGCUCCUAUCAUACAACAUUUUUCAGAAUCAAUUAGUGGAUCAACAACCAUCAGAAGUUUUGGCAAAGAAAAUCAGUUUGUAUUAACUAAUAGCCAUCUAAUAGAUGCCGACUCUCGACCGAAAUUCUACAAUGCUGCAGCAAUGGAGUGGCUUUGUUUCCGCUUGGAUACGCUGUCGUCCUUUACAUUUGCAUUCGCUUUGAUAUUUCUGAUCAGUCUACCAACUGGUAUCAUUGACCCAGGUAUUGCUGGUCUCGCGGUCACCUAUGGGCUUAACUUGAACAUGUUGCAAGCAUGGGUUGUCCGGAGCAUGUGCAAUUUGGAGAACAAGAUCGUAUCAGUAGAAAGAAUUCUGCAAUACAUAAGCAUUCCUGAAGAGCCUCCACUUUCAACGUCAGGAGAUAAGUUGCCCCAUAACUGGCCAUCAGAGGGAGAAAUUCAGCUUCGUAAUCUCCAUGUGAGGUAUGCCCCACAACUACCAUUUGUUCUGAAGGGCCUUUCAGUCACUUUCCCUGGAGGCAUGAAGACCGGUAUUGUUGGAAGAACGGGCAGUGGUAAAUCAACACUCAUACAGGUCCUAUUCCGUAUUGUCGAGCCUACUGUGGGUCAGAUACUGGUAGAUGGUGUUGACAUCUGCACCAUCGGGCUGCAUGAUCUGAGAUCUAGACUUAGCAUCAUUCCGCAAGAUCCAACGAUGUUUGAGGGAACUGUGAGGAGCAACCUUGACCCUCUUAACGAAUACAACGACGAUCAGAUCUGGGAGGCCUUGGAUAACUGUCAGCUGGGAGACGAGGUCAGGAAGAAGGAGCUGAAGCUCGACUCACCAGUGAUAGAGAAUGGAGAGAACUGGAGCGUGGGGCAGCGCCAGCUUGUGUGUCUUGGCAGGGUGAUUCUGAAACGAACCAAGAUACUGGUUCUGGACGAAGCCACUGCUUCAGUGGAUACCGCGACAGACAACAUGAUUCAGAGAACGCUGCGUGAGAAUUUCUCGGAGGCGACGGUCAUCACGAUCGCGCAUCGGAUCACCUCGGUCCUUGACAGCGACAUGGUCUUGCUCCUCGACGACGGUGUGGCCGUGGAGCGUGACACGCCGGCCAAGCUGCUGGAGGACAAGUCGUCUCUGUUCUCGAAGCUUGUAGCAGAGUACACGAUGAGAGCGACGCACACGUAG